CACAUGGAGAUCUACAGGGACAGAAGUCCAGAUCAGGUGACCCAGUUGAGCAGAGAACUGGAGGAGGCGGAGCUUAGGCUGGGACAGGCUCUACUUCAGCAUUUCAUGAUUCAGACCAAGCCUCUCUUGCGGAGGAUGAUGACUCGUAAGUGGCUCUCCACAGAUGAGGACUUCAAGCAGCUGCUCAGGAGAACACAGGAGCUCCGAGACCAGUGCACACACAUGUGCCCCCCUCAAGCACAGGUGUUUGCCAGUGAGCUGCACCUCCGGGUGGUGAGGGAGUACCUGUCGCCCCUGAUGAAGAACAACUACAGCUGCAGGAGCAGGAAGCACCAGAGGGCCGCCGCCAAGCUCAGGGACCAGUGGGCCCAGAUCAGAGACCUCUUCCUGGACAUGAGGUCCACAGCAGAUUGGCUCCACCCAGCUGGUGAUCACCUCAGCAACAUCAUUGGCCAGAAGAACACAAGUGACAUCAAGACCCACCUGGAGGCCCUGGUCAAAGACUACCCCGACAUAAGUAAGCGGCACGUUGCGGCGGUGCUGUUUUUCCGAGGUGUGACCCGCGGUCGGGAGCGCCAGCUGAUCCUGCAGCGAGUGGCCGAGCUGAAGCGGGAUGUCCGGAGCACUGGGAAUUCCGAGGCUCAUCAGCACGCCCUCUUCAGCAGCAUUCCAGCCGCUGCCUCCAGCGACUGCCUGGCAUACACACCCUUCUCCUGUUUCUCCCAGCUCCUGCCCGACCACUAG